AUGUUUCCAUUUAUUAGUAACAUAUUUAGAUCAGAUCUUCCACUUUUUAUAUUUGAUGAUAUAUUUGUUCCAGGACCAGGAAUGAGAGUAGGUGUGCCAAGACCUCCUUACACAAAUCAAUAAUAUAAAGAUUAAGUUCCUAAGGUAUAAGUAAUGGUAGUAUAGUAGCCACCUAAUUUAUAGAAAAUGUAAAGUGUGAAAAAAUCAUUAGGAGAUUAUUCAGAAACAUAAGGGCAAUAUUGGUGUAUAUUAGGAGACAUGUCAUUUGAAAAGGGAGAUUAUACAAAAGCAAUAUAAUAUUAUGACAGAGCAAUAUAAUUGACAGACGGAACAGAAAGUUCUUUUUUUAGAUCAAGAGGUUUGGCUUAUAAAAAGAUGGGUAAUUUGGAUUAGGUACAAUUAUGAGAGUAUGAUUUUAGGCUUACAAAGAUGCAAUAAUGGCAAUAGAGUUGGAUGAUAAAAAUAUUAAGGCUCAUUUAUUAUGUGGAUAGGUAUUGGCAGAGAGAGGGAAAAAGUAGGAAAAUACUCAUGAGAUAGAGACAGCAAUUCAUAGAUUAACAAAGGCUAGGACUUUAUGUGCAGGAUAGAAGAAAUAAUAUUAUGAAGAUGAAUUGAGUAAAUAUAUUUAUAGAGCAAAAAAAUUACUAUGGUAUAAGAACAAAGAGUUGGAGGAUUAGAAAAAGAGAUAAGCAAUUAAUAAUUAUACACAGUAUUUAUAAUAGAGAGGAGAUUUGAAUGAAGAAUAAAGAAAGAAUGAAUUAAAUGCAUUUAUUAAUUCUAUUGGAAAUCCAGAUUAAAAAUAGAAUUACGAUAUUCCAAGUUAUUUGAUAUGUAAAAUAACAUUUGUAAUUAAUAUAUUAUAUUAUAUAGGAAAUGAUGGAAAAUCCAGUUGUGACAGAUGCAGGUCAAACAUAUGAGAGAGAUAUGUUAAUAGAGGCAAUAUAGAAAAAUGGACCAGUUGAUCCAUGUACUAGAUAACCUAUAAGUGGUGAAUUCUAUCCUAAUCACAAUAUUAAAUAAGCAACAUAAGAUUUCCUACUUAAUAAUCCUUGGGCCUUUGAAUUCUAAUAGGGUGAAAAUUAUGAUGAUAUUGAAUUUUGAUUAUAAUUGAUUGU